GGAGUGCUGCCGACGCGGUGACGUCAGCCGCGCGACGUGCUCUGUCUGCGACGCUGGGACGCUGCGGGGCGCUGUGGGUGGAGUGCUUUUGAGAUCACCUGCGCCUUCUGACGGGAAAGAUGGUCAACGUCUUGAAAGGAGUGCUUAUAGAAUGUGACCCUGCCAUGAAGCAGUUUCUGCUCUACUUGGACGAGUCCAACGCCCUGGGGAAGAAAUUCAUCAUCCAAGACAUUGAUGACACGCAUGUCUUCGUAAUAGCAGAGCUGGUUAACAUCCUCCAGGAGCGCGUCGGGGAACUGAUGGACCAGAACGCUUUUUCUCUGACCCAGAAGUGAACGUGACUCUCGGCUGCCGGGCGCAGGCGGGGGAGGCCCGGGCGUCCAGGGGGCGUGCUCGGGAGGGCAGAGGAUCGUGGUUCAGGGAAAAAGGCCUGGAACCGAUUUGCUUGUGUGUGAGGUUUUUUUUUUUUUUUCCCAAACUGUGUGAAAAGCCUUUAACAGUUGGCUGUAGUUGGACUUUAUUGUCUCUAUUAAAAGGAUAUAAAUAUU